AUGGCAUCAACAUCGUCGACUGGGGCAAUUCAACCUAAACUUCAUAUUUUACAAUAUGAAUAUAUCGCUGAUGUAAUGGAAAAAAGAAAACCACAUAGAGAAGCUCAUUUGGCUUUUAUUGGUAAACAAGUCGAGAAGGGAAAUGUUAUUUUAGGUGGUGCCUAUGGUAGUCCGCCAACAGGUGCUUUGCUUAUCUUUCGCAAUUUAUCAUCGAAUGAAAUAGAACAACUUGCAAAGCAAGAUCCUUAUGUUCUUAAUGGUAUUGUCACCAAGCAUUCAGUGGAACCGUAUAUAGCAGUCGUUGGUGAUUCUUUAUUAAGCAAUGAUCUGAUCAAAAUUUAA